AUGCAAGCGGUAAUCGUUAAAAACCAAGUGUCGUCGAUUGCAGAUGAAAAAACCAGAGCCGAACAAAAACUUGAAGUCGCCAAUCCUGCUCUGGAAGAAGCAGAAGCUGCUUGGAACAUCAUCAAACCCGCCCAUAAUAGUUACUGUUUGUACGCGGAAUCCUUGAAAAUGAUGGCUUCCACAUUUACAGUCCAGCUUCAAAAUUACCCUAAGGACAUCCUAAACAACGAAACGGUUGAACUACUGACGCUCUAUUUUGAAAUGGAAGACUACCACAUGUACACAGCCAAAAGAGUUUGUGGAAGUUUGUUGUCUUGGACCAAAGCGAUGGCCUUUUUCCACAGCGAUUUUUAUCCUACUGCGGGCCUUACAAUCAAGAAUUCCGCGAAGGCUUGGCAAAUACUUGGAUGGUAA